UACUGAUCUAUACACAUUGAGAAAACCCGAUUUCAAACUGAUCUCAAGAAAAUAUCAACAUUAAAUUUUCAUUGCUCUAACAUCGACCUUAAAUUUUAACUAAUUUUCCCCAUUCGAUCACAAAGUAUAACGACUUUUUAUAGGAAUCAUAUACACUGUUCUUUGGAACUUUAUUAAAACGAAUAUAAAAAAGCUUCAAACUUGAUACUGCAUGCAUAUUGCAGAGUGUCCGUCCUCAAAAAUCUUAGAGCAAAGAGAGUAAGAAGUAAUAAGACGUAUGCAAACUCUAUUAAUGACGGUUACAACCACAACACAUCAAGAAAGUGUCAUUGACAAUUACACCCAAGAUGGAACCGUUGAUCUCAAAGGCAGACCUCUUCUUCGAUCCAAAACCGGCUCUUGGAAAGCAUGUUUUUUCAUUAUCGUGUAUGAACUACUGGAAAGGAUUGUGUUCCAAGGAGUUUCUGCUAAUUUAUUCAUAUAUUUGACCACCAAGUUGCACCAAGGCAUUGUCACUGCCUCUAACAAUGUCACCAAUUGGAAUGGAGCCAUUUGGAUUAUGCCAAUCUUUGGGGCUUACAUCGCUGAUGCUCAUCUUGGUCGCUAUCGGACCUUCUUGAUCUCCUCCUUCAUUUGGUUUACGGCAAUGUCUCUUCUAACACUAGCAGUGUCAGUGCCAAGCUUAAAGCCUCCACCGUGUUUACAACCCAUUACUAAACAAAACUGCAAGCAAGCCUCCAAAUUACAGCUUGCAGUGUUCUUUGGCUCCCUCUACUUGUUGGUGAUUGCUUCGGGUGGGACCAAACCAAACAUCUCGACGAUGGGAGCCGACCAAUUCGACGAUUUUUAUCCGAAAGAGAAGGCCCAAAAGCUGUCCUUCUUCAACUGGUGGUUCUUUACUGCAUUCUCUGGCAUUCUCUUUGCCUCUACUAUUUUGGUUUACAUUCAGGACAAUGUUGGGUGGAGCUUAGGAUAUGGAAUACCCACUAUUGGCAUUGGAGUUGCUAUUAUCAUAUUUGUUGUUGGCACUCCCUUUUAUAGGCAUAGGCCUCCCAGUGGAAGCCCCUUUACUACAAUCGCUAAUGUCAUCGUUGGUGCUGCUUGGAAUUGGAGACUUCCUAUUCCUAAUGACCCAAAUCAACUAUAUGAGCUUGAGAUUCAACACUACUCCAAGCCUGGAAAUUUCAAAAUUGAUUCCACUCCAUCUUUGAGGUUUCUGAACAAGGCUGCUAUAAGAAGAGAUUCAGGAGGUCCAUGGAGGUUGUGCUCAGUGACAGAAGUGGAAGAGACAAAACAAAUGCUGCGAAUGAUACCAAUUCUGAUAUGCACCUUCAUUCCACACACAAUAACGGCACAAACACACACCCUUUUCAUCAAACAAGGAACCACUUUGGAUAGAAGCAUUGGCAGCCACUUCAAAGUCCCUCCUGCGAGUUUAUAUGCUUUUGUCACCAUCUCAUUGCUUCUCAGCAUUCUCAUCUAUGACAGGAUAUUUGUGAAGAUAGUGCGCAGAGUGACAAAAAAUCCAAGGGGAAUCACAAUGUUGCAAAGAAUGGGAAUUGGAAUGAUUUGUCAUGUAUUGGUAAUGGUAGUGGCAUCAAGAGUGGAAAAGCACAGACUUGAUGUUGCUGCUAGAGAAAAUGGAUCAUCACCACAAGAACAAAAAGUACUUCCCUUAACCAUUUUUACUCUUCUUCCUCAGUUCAUCCUCACGGGAGUUGCAGACUCAUUUCUUCAAGUAGCUGUUCAGGAGUUCUUUUAUGAUCAAGCACCAGAAAACAUGAAGAGUUUUGGUACUUCUUAUGCAAUGACUUCACUUGGAAUUGGGAACUUCCUCAGUAGUCUUAUCGUUUCUAAAGUUUCUGAGAUUACCAAAAGACAAGGCAAAGAAUGGAUUUUGAACAACUUGAAUGCUUCUCAUCUUGAUUACUUCUAUCUCUUACUUGCAGUUAUGAGUGCUGUUAACUUCUUCCUCUUUCUUAUCAUUUCCAAAUUGUAUCUUUACAAAGCUGAAGUCUCUGAUUCCAUCAAUCUGCUUACUGAGGAACUCAAGAAGAAGAAAUCAAUGGCCACCAACAGCUAGGUUGAAAUAUGAAGCUACGAUUUUUAGUUGUAAUGUGUAGUUCGUAAAUGGUCCUUGGACCAUCAGUCGCCUAACGAAGAUUGAUGUGGAGGUUAAGUUCCUGAUUGUAUAUAGACGAGUGGGCAAAUAUGUAAGUUUAAUGAUCAGGUAGCAGAAAACAUGAAGAAUUUGGACACUUUAUACUGAACAAAAAACAACGAAGCUAAGAGCCUAAGACAAAGUUAUAAGAUACAAAUACAUUUGUUUUGGUUCAUUAAUGCCAUUAAAAUUGUAAUACUGGCGUUGCUGUUGCUGUAGUAGUAGUUACAUUUGAAGAUUUUGCUUUUCAUUUCACUAAA